AUGGCUAGAAUAUUCCUUACCGGUGCUUCUGGCUUUAUUGGAGGGGAGAUUCUCUACAACCUUGUCAAAUACCACCCAGAAUACACCAUCCGAGCCCUCUUUCGAGAUUCAAAGAAGGCCCAGUCGCUCACAGGCGUCUUUGCCAACACCCAAGUCGUCGAAGGUAGCCUGGAUGACGAUGUCGUUCUCAUCAAAGAAGCAGCAGAGGCCGACAUUAUUGUGCAUGCGGCUGCCACUGGACAUUUGAGGAGUGUACAGACAAUACAUGAAGCUCUCAAGAAGCGACCGGCAGACGGGCGGCCCGUUUAUUGGAUUCAGGUCAGCGGCGCUACGGCCGUCUCGGCGGCUGAACUCGCCGAUAAGUCUCGAGUCCCUGGCUCUCCCAGCGACGCCAUAUGGGAUGAUCUUGACGGCGUCGCCGACAUUCGCGACAUGAUCCAGAAGCACCCAUCCCGUGCAGUAGAUAACUAUAUGCUCUCUGUCGCGCAAGACACGCCCCAGGUCAACACCGCCAUCCUGUUUCCUCCGAUCAUCUUUGGGACCGGCCAUGGUCCCAUCAACCAGCGCAGCAUUCAGAUCCCCAGGCUGGCCAAAGCAACUCUCGAGCGAAAGAGGGGUCUCGUCGUUGGCAAGGGCGAGAAUCGAUGGGGCAGCGUCCACAUCCGCGAUUUGGGCAGGCUGGUGCUUAAACUCGUCGAAAGUGCUACUGAGCCUGGCCAGUACGAUGAGCAGCUCUGGAACGACAACGGUCUCUAUAUGCUUGGUCUGGAGGAGACGACUUUUCGACAUCUCUCAGAACGCGUUGCAGAGCUUGCGGUAGGAAAGGGCUUCAUUCCAUCAGCAGCAGGAAUUGAGCAAGUCCUUGGCGGCGAGGCCUACAUGCUCCUACCUCAUGCUACCGUGAUCUAUGGCACCAAUGCGCGCAGCAGGGCCCGCCGCGGGCAGGAGGUCCUAGGUUGGAAGCCGGAGCAUGUACCGGGGUUGGAACAGGGCAUCGUCGAGGCAGUAGACGUGGAAGCCAAGCUGCUUGGCCUGGCCUAG